AUGGGCAUCAUUUCUGGCUUCGACAACGGCAACGAAUCAUUUUCCAACGAUUCCGCCAUCAUUCUCGUAGUCAAGUUCUUAUUUGUGACACCGACGAUCCUUCUCGUCGGCUACAUAGUCCUCAGCGAGAUCUCCCGCUUCAAAGGACGCAUUCCAAAUCUGCCCGGCCCCUGGGGCUACCCGAUCGUCGGCAGCCUGCCGUCACUACGAGACACGAUCACCUCAGACGAGUACCUGAAACGGGCUACUGAGCGCUACGGCGAUGUCUUCCAGGUGCAGCUGGGCAAUGUGACGGCGGUUGUUGUCAACACCACAGCGGCAGCAAGGGCCUUCUUCGUCACCCAGAGGGAGGCUACAAACUCCCGUCCCGUGACAUACGUAUUGCACAAGCAAGUCCAGCAGAAUGGCCCAGUCACCAGCAUCGGUACGAGUCCGUGGGAUGAGAGCUGCAAGCGUCGGAGAAAGGUUGCUGCUACAGCUCUGAACAAGACGAGCGUGGAGACUUACUUUCCUAUAUUGAAUCUCGAAUCUCGAGCACUGCUGUCUGACUUUCUCAGAGAGUGCAAGGGAGGACAGGCCACAGAUGUCGACGUGACGCCGUCAUGUAGGAAGUUCUCAUUGAACCUGAGUUUGACUCUGGCCUAUGGAACAAGAGUUGAGGACGUCAAGGAUCUACACCAUGAUCUGCUUCUCUCGGAAAUCAUAUACCUCGAGGACGAGAUCUCCCGUCUCCGGGACCCCACCAGCAACUUUUACAACUACAUUCCGCUCCUGAGGACAGUCAACAGCGUGGCCGACUUCUUGGGCCUUCGCCGCACCAAAGCCCACCUGGCUAGCAUCGGCAAACGGCGUUACGCGUAUCAUCAGGUCCUGCAGGACAAGCUGCGCCGCGACAUUGCCAACCACGUCGACAUCCCAUGCAUCCAGGGCAACGUCCUCAAGGACCCGGACAGCAAAGGUCUGACAGAAGGGGAGCUUCUGAGCGUGAGCAUGAGCAUGAUGGCAGGUGCACACACCACCAAGCGGUCGCUGAUCUGGGCCUGCUUACUCCUCGCACACCGUCCGGACAUUCAGGCCAAGGCGUUCGAGGCGAUCCAGCAGGCCGACCCGGCCCUGUUGCAAGCCUCAGAAGUAGCGCACACCAAGAUCCCAUACAUUGAGGCGCUGACCAAGGAGGUUGGACGGUACUUCGUCGUGUUGCGUCUAGCACUGCCCAAGGCCACACACUUGGACGUCGAGUGGCAUGGAGCUACUAUCCCUCCAAAGACUUUGUUGUUCCUGAACUCCUGGGCUUGCUCUAGAGUCUUCGCAGCCCCCCACGAGUUUGCCCCGGAGAGGUGGCUCGACGGCGACCAACCCGCGACCAACCGCCAUCAGUACGCCUUUGGCAUCGGCGGCCGGAUGUGCGUGGCCAGCCACGUGGCGUCCAAGGCCCUGUACACCGUCCUCCUCCAUCUGAUCGCGCACUUUCGCUUCCAGCCGUGCGAGAGUGCCGAAGAUCUGUUCGCUGCUACUUCACAAGCCGCAGAUCCUUUGGAAGGACUGCUGGUGAGGGAGAACCCGAGCGUGGAGGCGAGGGCCAGGAUGGUCCGGCUUGUCCCACGCGACGAGGACGCGCUGCGGGCAAUGCUGUCGCUGGGCUGA